CUGCUCUAUAUAUUUUCUAGAGAAUCUGCACUAUAGGCACAUUUCAAUUGGCCAGGAUCAUAAAUUUAUUUUCUUUUUAUAGCAUGUUUUUUUCUUCUAUUGAGGACAUGGAUUUUACGUAUUAUUUUCUUACAAAUGUUAAGUUAUUUUACUGAUAAUUUUAUCUACGGUUUUGUCAUUGCGUAUGUUACCAGUUUUGGCAAAUAAUUUGGCUAUAUAUAGCACUUUUGACUUGUAAGUGACUUGAAAGUCCACAAAGGUUUCUAUAAUUAGCAAGACCAUAGGCACCAGUGAUCCCGGAAGUCUGGCCGGAAAGUGCUGAACACCACUGUUUCCUUUUUUGGGUUUCUUGCGAGAAUGUAAUCUCUCACCUUCUUUCUCUUCUCUCCAACCAUCCUCACUUUCUAUCUCCAGAUUAUCAUUUGAGAUUUUGCAAAACCAAAAAAAAAAAGAAGAAAAAUGGGAUAUGCGGAGUUGGUGCAGUCGUAUUCAAACAAGAUGCGGGUUGUUGAAGCCCCAGCGAGUGGAGGCGGUCUCAGGUUACACUUCCUUCUCUCUCUCUUCCUUCUCAGCUCUAGAUAAACUUAUAGACCACAAUGUCCAUUAUUUAACUUGCAGCCAGAACGGAAAGUUUAGCUACGGAUAUGCAAGCUCAGCUGGGAAGAGGUCAUCUAUGGAGGACUUCUUCGAGACUAGGAUCGAUGGUAUCGAUGGAGAAAUCGUUGGUCUCUUUGGAGUCUUUGAUGGCCAUGGUGGAGCCAGAGCAGCUGAGUAUUUGAAACGCCAUCUUUUCAGCAAUCUUAUCACUCAUCCUAAGUUCAUUUCUGACACCAAAUCUGCUAUAGCUGAUGCUUAUAAUCAUACAGACUCUGAACUUCUCGAGUCAGAGAAUAGUCACACUAGAGACGACGCUGGUUCAACUGCCUCUACAGCUAUUCUCGUUGGCGAUCGUUUACUUGUUGCAAAUGUUGGUGAUUCCAGAGCUGUUAUCUGUAGAGCCGGAAACGCCUUUGCUGUGUCAAGAGACCAUAAACCUGACCAAAGUGAUGAGCGUGAACGGAUUGAGAAUGCUGGUGGUUUUGUCAUGUGGGCAGGGACUUGGAGAGUUGGAGGAGUGCUUGCAGUUUCUCGCUCGUUUGGUGAUCGACUUCUGAAACAGUAUGUUAUUGCUGAUCCAGAGAUUCAGGAAGAGAAGAUUGAUGAUUCUCUUGAGUUUCUGAUCCUUGCCAGCGAUGGAUUAUGGGAUGUUUUCUCCAACGAGGAAGCUGUAGCAGUGGUGAAAGAGGUUGAAGAACCAGAGGAGUCCACCAAGAAACUUGUGGGAGAAGCAAUAAAGAGAGGCAGUGCGGACAAUAUUACAUGUGUAGUUGUCCGUUUUCUGGAGAGCAAGACUGCUAACAUCAAAGCUUCCGACAUAUCCUCAACACGUUCCAGCUCAUCUCAGGAAGCAAAUCAAGGGGAAACCGCAGUUAGAGAUGACUCAGACCACAAGAUGUCAACCAAACAAACCAAUCAAGACCAUACCGCAGUGCACUUGGACCGUAAUGCUGAGGUUGAAGCUAGAAGCGACGAUUCCGGUCGCAUCAGCUCGAAUCAAAAGCCAGUUGAGAAUACAGCAGCAGGAAGCAGUGUUUCUUCAGAACAAAGUGGCUCAGCAGGAGAAAAUAACCAACCUGGUCAAGGGCACAUCACAGUACACAACAGUUUGGACCGGACCGUUGCUAAUCAAAAUCCAACCGCAGCUCACGGUGACUCCACAACAAGCAAGGCAAGUGGCUUUCCCUCUUAUCAAUAACUAAAAUGUCAACACUAACUUCAGAAUGAUCUGUUUUGAGAAAUGCAUGUCUCGAGAUUUUGCUCGACUAAGUUGUGUCCUUCAUGUACGUUUUUUUUCUUUCCUGUCGUUUCUUUCUCUUGUUUCCUGAGGUUCUAACUCCAAUAAUGUAGUUUGUAAACUUUUUUUUUAAUUGUUGAACUAGUCACUCUUAUUUUACCA